UGACAAAAUAUCCACCCAUUGACAUAUGACCUGCACGUGUUGAGGAAAACUGUUGUUACACAGACGUAUGGACAAUGUAUCAUGGAAGAAGACGGUUGAGUAGACUUUGCAACGUGAUAGCCACGUUAUUGUUCUGUUUAAUAUUCUUAUUGGUUUUAAAACGUAUGUGCUUUAUAACAUUUUCAUAUUACCCAAAUCCACCAUUGGAACCUAAAAAUAGAAAUCAAAAAGACCAUGUGGUCACGUACGGAGCCAGUUACUUGAAACCAGCUUUUCUAAAAACUAUAGUGGUUUGGACGCGUUAUUUCGGAGAAUGGGGAUGGGAGAUUAUAGCAGAAAAUUCAAUGAAAAGCUGCCCGACUAAAUGUAUGUACACACGAGAUAAAAACCUACUAGAGAAUGCGAACGCGGUGUUAUUUAAUGCCAAUGAUAUGUGGAAAUAUCGAACUUUAAUUGGCACGCUUUAUGAAUUCCCUAUACCAAUGCCUAAUGUGAGAACACCGAACCAAGUCUGGAUCUUACUGAGUAUUGAACCAAUGAAUACAAUGCGUGUUUCUAUGAACCAGUAUGGAUUUAACUGGACGACAUUAUACAGGAGGGAAUCCACCGUAUACUACCCAUUUACAAACCGGUUUAAAAUGUCUCCAGAUGAAAUAAAUAAGAGUGAAAAGCAUUCCAAAGGAGUGUCUGAAAAUCAUUUCAAAACCAAAACAAAGUUCGCUGCAACCAUGAUAAGUAAUUGUGACGAUGAUGCAAGAAGGUAUAAAAUAAUCAGGGAAUUGAAAAGAUACGUUGACAUCGAUGAAUUUGGGGAUUGUUCUGGAAAUGUGAUAUGUCAAUACCGGAAAUCCCCGAACGAAUGUAAGCAACUCUACGAGUAUAAAUUCUAUUUAGCUUUUGAAAAUAGUUUCUGUAGGGACUACGUUUCUGAGAAAUUUUGGUUGACAUAUGAUAGAGGGCAGAUCCCAAUAAUUGCCGCACCGAAAUACAAUUUAGAGAUGUUGCCGCCUAAGUCUUACCUUAAUGUGUUUGAUUACAAUAGUAUUCAGGAACUAGCAGACGAGAUGGUCAAGGUCGGAGAUAAUGAAACGCUUUAUAACAGUUAUUUUGAUUGGAUGAAAAUUUAUAAGCGUGAGAAGAAAUCCAUAUAUUGCAGAUUAUGUGAGGAACUUUAUGCCAACAGAACAGCACAAAAUUAUAUUGACAUGGAUGAAUGGAUCAAUGAUGAUAUUUGUGAAAAGCAAACGUUAUGGUCAUCGCUGUCGGCAUUAAUCGAGAGGUGGUUGUUUGACAUCGGAUUGGUAUAAACAGUUAUGUGCCACAUAACAGAUCAUAUGUGUGCAUACUGCAGUCGUCCUCAGUCCUGGUAGAAUGAUGGCAUGAACUUCGAUCGUCAGAUUCCAUUUAAAAUGCUAAAAAGAAAAGCAUUGAUGCAAAGCAUCAAAGGGCGUCCAAGCA